UUCUUUGCUUCAUUUUUACUAAAUCUGAAAAAUACAAAACCAGAAACCAUGAUUGCCUUCAUCUCUCCUCGCUACUCUUUCAAGUCACCCACACACAUGACCUCGUGUCUCUAUCUUUGGUCUUCAAUCACAAACUCGUAUAUAGCAGCAUUUGCAUUGGAUCCAGUAGCCCUCUUCACCAAGCUAGAUUUUAAGUCAGUAUUUUCAACCACCUAUCUAUUCCCUGAUCUCCAGUAACAAACCGAUAAACAAUCAAUUCACUGUCUCCUCCUCUCCCUCAAGCUCUCCUUUCCCCACCUCCAAUUAUGACUAAAUUUUCGGCAUAUAGUGCCACCUACCUAUAACUUCAAGAACACCAUUAUAUCAUCUCUCUUUCUCUCCCUCUUUCUUCCCACUCUCAGAAGGAAAUUCGAGACCAUCAAAAAACCAUGAAGUCCAAAACUCUUUUGUCCGUUAAUCUCAAGCUCAUCCUCCUCUGUUUUGUCUUUCUCAUCCUCCUCCUCUUGAUAGUAACAUCAAGCUUUUCACCUUCCCAGCCACCCAUUGCAGAAACCCGCCUCUCAAACUCAACAAAGCCCACCCAAGAACCACAAUCAACAGCAUCAUCAGCAUGCUCAUCUCACCUCACACCUUCUUGCAGCAAGAUCCCAACUUCCCUAGCCAACGCUCUCAUCCACUAUGCAACAACCAACAUCACCCCGCAGCAAACCUCGAAGGAAAUCUCGGUAUCAGCACGAGUCCUUGCAAAGAAAUCACCAUGCAACUUCUUAGUCUUUGGCCUCGGCCAUGACAGCCUCAUGUGGACCGGACUCAACCACGGUGGUCGCACGGUUUUCCUCGAAGAAGAUGAGUCCUGGAUCGGGCAAAUCCAACAACGUUUACCCACAUUAGAAUCGUACCACGUAGUAUACGACACCAAGGUUCACCAGGCCGACGAGCUCAUGAAGCUUGGAAUGCACGAAGAAUGCAAAGCUGUGAGUGAUCCGAGAUUCUCCAAGUGCCAACUUUCCCUCAAAGGAUUCCCAAAUGAUAUUUAUGACAUAGAGUGGGACUUGAUCAUGGUGGAUGCGCCUACCGGGUAUCAUGAUGAUGCGCCGGGGAGGAUGAGUGCCAUAUACACGGCUGGGUUGAUGGCUAGGAACAAAGAGGAGGGCGAGACCGAUGUGUUUGUUCAUGAUGUAGAUAGAGUGGUGGAGGACAAGUUCUCUAAAGCUUUUCUUUGUGAAGGGUACUUGAGGGAACAAGAAGGAAGGAUUAGGCACUUCAACAUUCCAAGUUACAGGGCUCGCCUGGAUAGACCCUUUUGCCCGUAGAGGUUUCAUUCAUCAUUUGUCCAUUUUUAACUCUUUUGUUUUUUCCUAUAAUACUUGUUUGCUCAGAGAUACAUCACUCGAGGGAGUUGGAUCUGGGAGUUUCGCUUUAUAUGUGUAUGUAUGUAUUAUCGGUUGUUACUAAUUUUCUCAACUGGAUGAGUUGUUCUGCAUUA